AUGCAAAGGAUCUCGGUAGCUGUUCGUCAGCUAAUUUACUACAACGGACAACCGGAUCCAUUGAAGGAUGAUGCCUUUAAUAAGUCUGUAAGAGAAACUGCUCAAGAAGAUUUAUCAACUAUAUUUGCUGGAGAAGACAACAGUAAACCACCACCACAAGAAGGUCUUACACAACGUAUACAAGGUUUUGGAAACACAAACUUUGACGUUCCAUCUGAUGAUAAGAAGUCGUUUCUUAGUGAUAUGGUUGGCAUUGGAAGUGAAACAAUCAAGCGAGGCAAAGAACUUUCUAGUCAGAUUGAACUUUCUUCUAGGUCAUCAACAAAUACAUCUGGAUCUUGGGGUCAAGAUCUAAAAACAAGUCAAAUAGAUACUGAAAAUGGGAAUGCAAGCUCAAGUUAUUUGAAUGAAAAGAGUCGUGAAGAGAGGUUAUUAGAGACCAUUGUAACAUAUGGUGGUGUUCGCCUUCAACCUACUCGUGAUGCCAUUCAUGUGUUCUUAAUGGAGGCCUCAAAAUUGAAUGCAGUAGCUUUAAGUCAUGCUCUAGAAGCCUAA